AUGAGCUGGAAAUCCCUCUUCUGCUCGCCGUUGGAGUCAUUGCUGGCGGCGGCCAGGCUCGCCGGAUCCUACAUCAGAAGAGGUGGCAAGCUCCCCGUCCUUGUUGUGGUCGUCGCCGUCUUCCUCUUCGCCGCCGUCAUGUACGCCCGCUUAAAUUGUUUGGCGGGGCGGGCCAACCCAACGGGCCCAACCCAAAUUGACGGCUCUACCGAGUACUCCUGGUGGCGCUACAGGGCCCUCUACCCCGCAGACUACAUCGCUGACGACGUCUCCGUGCCGGCGACUUGCGAUCUCUCCGAUGGCGACUGGGUGUUCGACGAUAGCUAUCCCACGUACCGGGAGAGCAGCUGCGAGUUCCUCUCGAAGCAGGUCUCCUGUUUGCAGAACGGCCGGCCGGAGUCCAAGUACCAGAAAUGGCGGUGGCAGCCCAAGAACUGCUCCUUGCCUAGAUUCGACGCGAGACGGAUGCUGGAGUGGCUGCGGGGGAAGCGGAUGCUCUUCGUCGGCGACUCGAUUAACCGGAACCAGUGGGAGUCGAUGGUGUGUCUGAUGCAGACGGCGGUGCCGCGGGGGAGGAGAAGCCGCAUCGUCGACGGAUCUCUCCUUAUUUUUCCGAUCAAGGAGUACCGUGCCUCGAUCGAGUUCUACUGGGCGCCGUUCCUCGUGGCGUCGAACUCCGACGCGCCGGAGUUCCACAGCAUCCCGGUGAGGAUCAUCGACCCCGACGCGGUGGAGAAGCACGCGGCGCACUGGAAGGGCGCCGACGUGCUCGUCUUCAACUCCUACAUCUGGUGGAUGAACGAUCCCCAGAUGAAAGUCCUGCGGCCGGGAGCCGGGAACUGGACGGAGCAUGACGAGAUUGGGAGAGAAGAAGCUUACGAGAGAGCGUUGAGGACCGUGUUCCAUUGGGUGGAUCGAAGCUUGAACCCCAACAGCUCCGCCGUCUUCUUCAUGAGCAGGUCCCCCGCCCAUGACCGGAGCACGGACUGGGGCAAAUCCGACGGGAUCAAGUGUGCCAAGGAGACGGAGCCGAUCCAGAACAUGACCGGAGUGCCCAUCGCGUCGAAGAUGUGGGAAGUGGCGAGGAAGGUGGCAGGCUCGACUGCGCGCGUGCCGGUCACCUUCCUCGACAUCACGGCCAUGUCGGCGUGGCGCAAGGACGCCCAUGCGUCGGUGUACACCAUGCGGCAGGGGAAGUUGUUGUCGCCGGAGCAGAAAGCGGACCCGGCCAAGUUCGCGGAUUGCAUCCACUGGUGCGUGCCGGGCCUACCGGAUACUUGGAACCAACUGCUCUACGCCCGGCUCCUCUCCCGCCGGCCGCCCCAAUGACGGUCAAGGUUUUCCUCUUUCAUCUCCGGCGACGGUGGUACACUGGUACCACAUCCUUUUUAUCGGUUUUUGCGAAAACGGCUGUAAACUAUUUUAAAUGACGACCGGAGUUAUUUUUCUUAGAGAUUAAUUUAAUACCUGAAAAUAAAUGUGGCUGUAGUUUAGUGGUUAGAAUUCCACGUUGUGGCCGUGGACACCUGGGCUCGAAUCCCA